UGCAAGAUUAUUUGUGAUUUUAGCAUGGUAGACUAAGGUACAACGUCGCUCGCACGCACGUUCGUUCGUUCGCUAGCUCGUUUCGUCGUAGUCUCGUCGUUGUUGAAGCAAGCAACCAAAAAUUUUGUGUGUAAAGCAUUACAGUUAGUAGCACGACACAUUAGCCUAGCUAGCUGUCAGUAAAAUAUGACAACGCGCGUAUAUUCUGCAUUCCAAAAAACGCGGCAGCAUUGAAGUUAAAUGUGUAGAAAAAGUUAACAUUUUGGAGAAGAAAUUCAAUGAAUUAUUCAGUACCUUAUCUGACUGUAGCAGCAGAGUUUUGAAAAAACUAAGUGAAGUAUAAGUUUGAAAACAUUGUUAAAGUGGAAAUUUUUACCGCUCGAGUAACAAAACCAGUGCAUGCAAACUAGCAAGCCAGUGAGAACAACGAACUUUGUAUGGAAUAUUAUUUGACUACCAGUAUUUAAGUAUUACCCUUAUUAACAAAAUAAACUAGUGCAAUUUGCUGUUAGUUCAGAAGACUUACCACUCGUUCUUAAUCGAAGGAAACAAAAAAAACGCGCUAUUCGCCAAUCAAUCAUAAAUUAAGGAGCAAACCAAAGUCAGGUGUAAAAAAAUUGACAACAAACAAAAAGUAAAUGCAAGCGCCACUAUAAUAAUGAGAAAUUGUCAAUAACAACAAUAACAAGAACAAUCAUCAAAACAUUAGUAGUGGACAAUUAAGACAACAUAACACAAAAGGAACAGAAAGUAUUAUUAAAAGAGUUAUACAAAAUCAAGAAAGAUAAAUAAAAACACUCUGUGGCAGCAAGAAGAAACCACAAAUCACUAAUUCUAAUUAACAAUUUAUGACUUCUUGUGAACAAGAAAAUAGUGAGCAACAAGAAGCAAAGUCAGAAGCCAUAGCAUCAGAAGCAACAGGAGUGCAGGCAUCCAGUAACUAACUUAAGGAGCAGUGGCAUAGAAAUUUUCGUUAUUUGCCAAACAAUAAUGUGCACUGAGAUCAAUUCAGCAAUGGGUCUUCAAGCUACUGCCGCCACCAAGCGGAAACAUGAGAUAACCUUCGAUGGCAAACAGGCCAACACAUAUACCAACAGUCCGCCUCCCCUUAAAACAGGCAAAUGGUCAAUUAAUAAUAACAACUACAUCGAAGCCAUUGAGGAGCAGCAACAGCAACUAAAUGGCAUCAGUAUAAAAGAUGCAACCGCCAGCAUGCGAACCUUAACGAACGGCUCCUCAGACGCCCUAAAGGACACCACAGUGAUCAACAACAACGCAAAUGGCAACAUUAGUGGUAACGGGAGCAACAGCAGCAAUACGGGGAUCCUUAAUAGUAUUAGCAAUGGUAAAGAAGUUACUAAAACCGCUGACUCAAACACACCACACCCAGUGGUACCGUCAGCGACAGGCUUCACAACCUCGAGCUCUACAAGUUUGCCAUCAGUGGUCGCAUCGUUGUUGCCAAUGGCCAGAGAGAUAACCGCUACAACGCCAUUACCUCCCACUUCCACCACCCCCGUCCCAGAAGACAGUAUUGCAAAGUUGGAAGAGGUUGCUGCUGUACCCUGCUGUGAGCCAUGGACUAACUCAGCCACAGAGCCUGUCGAUUGCAUUUCGAAACUGCAAGCUGUCGCAGUACCGAGUGACCCAUGGGGUAGUAUUGCGACACGCUCAACGUUAGCUACAACGCUACUGAGUGCCGACGAGUUGGACGAUGAUGAUGACGAUUUUGAAGAUGACUACGAGGAGGAGGAGAGUAUAAUACCUACUUACUGUCCCUUGCGAUAUCACUCAUUUCCGCCACCGCCUCCAACACCUACGUCCCCGCAUCAGCAACAGCGACUCGGCAGCUAUGCGCCUGCACCGCUUGGUUACGGCUCGCGGCCCAACUACUACUCAGAGCCAUACCCGCAGCAGAAUUGUUCGCGCACUGGUAGCCUGCAGCAUAUGCGCAUGCCUGGCGGUAAUGGUUUCACGCAAUGGCAGAGCGCCGUUGGAGGGCUGGCUAGUGGCGGCCAGCAAUUUUAUGUGGCGCCAGAGGCGGCCUACCCACCACCCCAGCAGCAGCCCCCGCAGCCACCACAACAGCAGCAAACAAUUCGCUGUGCCGAGAACGGAAAAUCGUAUCUGGAGCUGGGCUGCAGCAGUCCUGUGUCCAAUGUGAACAGCGUUAACACCGCAAGCGUCGUACCACCACCUCCCUUUGGCAAUUUACAUGUGGCCGCCGCUAAUCUCGAUGCGCGCCACCCACUCAAGCGCUGCUGUGAUGGUCGGGGUGCCUGGUGUAAUACAAACAAGAAUUGCUACAAGGAUCUGCGUCUGAAGAUACGAAAUCUUUCCAUGUUCAAGCUGUCGCGUUUUCGCCAGGUAUCCGAGCAGUCGCUCUACCGAUCGGUACUAAUCUGCAAUACCCUCAAGCGGAUCGAUCGCGAAAUCGAAACGGAAGCUAAGGAGAUGCAUCAAGCAGCAGCGCAGGCGGCCGCCGCCCAGCAGCAUCACUACCAUCAGCAUCUGCAUCCACCGCAUCAUCUGCAGCAUCAUUUGGGUCCGCAGCAGCCGCCGCAACAAUUGCUAGUCCCACAGCAGCCGCACACAAUGCUGCAUCAACAGCACCAGGACUAUGCGCCGCCCGUUAUGAACUGCGCUCGCCUGUCUAACAUGGACUAUCAGGUGCAACACCAGCCGCCAUCGCUGCUGCAACAGCAGCCCACGCAACACUUUUCCCAGCAUGUGCCGCAAUACCAGAAUCAGCCCGAGCGACUCGACACGCCACCACCAUACUUGAGCGUACAACCGCAGCAGAUACAAAAGCUCGGCGGUGGCUUUGCGCUUAGCAAUAGUCUUACUAGUAUCAACAUGAACAACUGUGAUUCCCCAACAUUAUCGGCGACAUCUCCGCCCGCGACGCUGCAUCCUUAUGAUCACUACCCCUUCCGGGAAUCGCAGUCCGGUCGCGCUACGCCAUUUCCCUGUCAGCCAGCAAUGUCGCCCGCACCACCAUCACCAACACCAACGCAAUCUGCGGCGCAAACGCAGCAGUCCGUAGUCGUAGAAACAUUAAUUGCACCCAGCACAGAAAAUGCGCCAACCAACAAUGUUGUUUCCACGGCGACGGCGACAAAUGCAUCUAGCAACGUACUCACAACGCCGCUUACAACCACAACAACGUCCGUCGUCAGUACCACCGACAGCAGUGACUCUGGCUACGCGGAUGACGAUUCCACACGCUCCAUCAACUGGAGUUCGGUGCUUAGUUUAUCUUCCCAGUCCGCGCUCGAUCCGCUCAACAGCAAUGACCUCUUCGCCAUUUUGCCGCCUGCAUUGUCGAUAACCAACCCAGCCACCGCCACGCCAGUGCCUGUCACAGCAGCGACAAGCGUCAGCGUAGCGGACAUCACAGCCCAACCGCCUGCAGUCACAAUCAGCGGCAGCUUCACCACCGUGCAAUCAACAACCGCCUCGAGUACGAGCGCCAGCGCUUCAGCUCCUAGCAACAGCAACAACAUCGCUGCAUUCAACACAUGUACCUCUUCCUCGACAGCCACUUUCACAACGCUCUCAACCAUCUCAUCGGCGACGCAUUCGCUCACCUCUUCUUAUGUGAGUAGUAUGAGCGCCAAUGCGGCAGCUGCAUCAGCUUCUUCCACAUGGGAAUAUGGAUUCCUCGACAUGGAAUUUGGUUUGGGUUCUGAAUUUACCGAACUGGUGCCCAGCUGCAAGUUAAGCUCAGAUGAACUCUUCAAAAGCAGCCUAACGCCUGUGGUGGCAGCGUCGCGUUAUUCCUCCAUGCACGACAAUGAGCUAGAACAACCCGCGCACAUUAUGGUCGGCAGUUAGUAUCAAUUGUAAGGCAAUGGUACAAUGCAGGAGACGUGGUGCCACGCGCUGUUCUACUCUGACGGCGUGCGGUACUGCAAUGCUAAUAGGUGGCCUUGCUGGUGUUUGUGACUGCUAAUAGCGCAAGGUGCUUGGCACAGUUGGAGCGCAUGGGAGAGAUGGUGGAAGCAGCCGCACUGACGCUGAUCCAACUAAGGCAGCACAGCAAGCAGAGAAAACACAACAGCCAAUUAAAUGUUAUACUAUUUUUAUGAAAGUUCCAUGUUGGAAUAAAAAAGGCAGUCAUAGGACGGUUCGUCAGCAAAUUGUUAUUGUAAAACAGUAUGCCCUUUGUAUUAUACAAUUUAGUUGCAACUAAAUAAGUUCUCUUAAGUGUUAAAUGCUCAGGUUGUGAACUUUACGUUUCGAAAGCCCUUGGAAAUUGUGUGUUCAGCAAGUGGAGAGCCAGAAAUAAAGCAUGCUGGGCUGCGUAAUUCGUAAGAAAUUUAUUCGAAGUUCUUUUCUACCUUAACGCGUACUUGCGCAUGAAUUAAUGGUCCUGAAGCGUAAAAACGUACUUAAAGAAGUAUCGAAAUAAAAAGACAAUUUCAAAUGACCUUCUAACUAUAUUUUAUUUAACUAUUUUUACCAAAAAUUUUAAACGUCACGAAUUAUGCUAUAUGCUAUAUAGCAUUUUAUUCUUUUUGAAAUCGUAAUUAAUUUGAAUGAAAACUUGUAAUAGUUGCGAAAAUUUGAAACUUUGUUUAAUUUUUUAAAUGAUAAAUUUCUUUCGAAUUGUGCAUCCAACCCCUUCAGGAUUCGAGCUUUCAUUGAACGAAAAAAAAUUUAUGAAAGAUUCAAUUAUAAAAGUAUAUACGUAUGUACAUAAAUAAUAUUGACUGUUUUCUGCAACACCACGCAUUACAUAGUAAAUUUCUGUAUACAUCAGGUGCUAUAAAAAAAACAGUUAAUAUUCAUUUAAUAUACAUAAAUAUUCUUUCAUUUUGCAUUCUAACAACAAAACCAAAGUAAAAAUUCUUAAAUCCCACAACUAAGUUAAUGUGUAGUAUGUGUCUGCGCACUUCAUAGACACAUGCAACACUAUAACUUUAUAAUUUUAAAAUUUUAAUUGGUUUAACUUUAGUGCAAUUUUAAUUUCACACACAAACGCACACGCAAUUAUCCUACUUUAUAAACAUUUGUUAACUUUUUGCCAAUUUUUCCUCCAAACCGUAAAAUCGUAUCUUAAAAUGUAUUACUCAAGGCACAAAAGUAAAACUAGCUGAAUUCUAAAUUGUAUAUACUUUUUAUCUACAUAUAUAUAUGUAGUGAAUUCGAAAAUAUAUACUUCAGAUAUUUGCAUCAUAUGUACAUACUUAUAGGUUAGGUCUUUGGUAUGUACAUAAAUCAUUUUUACGUAACUCUUAAUUAAUAGCUGCAAUUACGUAAGAUUAAAAAAAGUUAGAACUCUAAAAUAAGAACAAAAUUUUUAAACUAAUACCACUAAUCGAGAUGAGAGGAAAUGAAAUAAACUACAAAAGUAUUUAUAAAAUUAUAAAUCAUAUGUGAAAGUUAUGUAAUUGUAGACAAUUCAUUAACUGUAGAUAUAAAGACAAUUCCUUAUACAUGUACAUAUAUAGAUACAUACUGUGCGUAAAAAAAAAGUAUGGAACAAAUUUCAUGCUGGUGAAGCAAAUGAUUAUUAUUAUUACUGUAUUCUGUAAUUUAGACAUAAGUAUUAGUAUUUUUAUUUAUAAAUGGAGCAAAAGUUUAAAACAUGUUUUAUAGAAAAAAAUCACAAAAUGUAGUGAAGAAACACGAACAAAGCAAAUAUAUGAGAAAUUUGUUUUUAAAAUUUAA